AUGGGAACGAAGGUAGUUUUUUGUUUUCUUGCUACAGUCAUAGCAACAUGCCAUGGAUUAGAGCAUGGCACAACCCAUCAAGUGUUUCCUCUCCGAACGAAAUCUGGCUCCGGUGGGCACUACAUUCCGAACCUUACUUGCUCAAGUUGGAGGGUUGGCGUGGAAGCACACAACAUCAUUCAGUGGAAAACUAUUCCACAAGAAUGCGAAGGAUAUAUAGGAAACUACAUUCUAGGUGAUCAAUAUAGAUCAGACUCCAAAACAGUGUGUCGUGAAGCUUAUUUUUAUGCCAAGGGUCUCAGUUUCGAAAGACACGACAAAAACAUAUGGGUGUUUGAUAUUGACGAGACUUCACUGUCUAAUCUCCCAUAUUAUGCUCGCCACGGAUUUGGGGUGGAACCAUUUAAUGAGACAUCGUUUAAUGAAUGGGUGGAGCUUGGCAUAGCACCAGCACUGCCGGAGAGUCUUAAACUGUACAACAGAUUGUUGUCUCUUGGCAUCAACGUUGUAUUCUUAACAGGAAGACCAGUGGAUCAAAAGGAUGUAACGGUUAAGAACUUAAAGCUUGUUGGAUACCACACGUGGGAAAAGUUAAUUUUCAAGGAUCCAUCAUAUUUUGGUAAAACAGCAGUUACAUACAAAUCAGAUGAGAGGAAGAAGCUGGAAACACAAGGAUACAAAAUCAUCGGAAACAUUGGAGACCAAUGGAGUGAUAUUCUGGGAACCAACACAGGCAAUAGAACCUUUAAGUUGCCAGAUCCUAUGUACUACAUUAGUUAA